AUGACUACGGCCCGCGAACUGUCCCGGCCUAAAGCGGCCCCGACGAGUGCGCAUUUCUCAUUGAAUUUGCAUUGUAUGCAGCAGGCAAAGCUCCGCGUCUCCUUAUCGGGUCCGAUAGAGAAUUGGACCGUACUCGAAACCGACGCGAGGGGGGAGAGGGUUUGGUGCGGAUCUAUUGGUGAUCCGCGAACUGAGAAUCCGCGAUCAGGGGGCGCGUUGGCGUCAUUUCCUCCAGUACAAUACCGUGCGCUCCGCCCGUCGUCGGUUUGGUACCCCUCUGGUGCUGUCACGUCACAGAUGUCAUUUUGCGCGGCAGCACUCGGUUGGUACCCGCGAACAGCGACGCCGUCACCUAGCCGACGAUCAUGGUCCCGCGCGGAUCAACGGCGAGCGCGCACCAAACACGCGCCGAUAGCAGUCAUCGGGCCACGGGAAAAACGCGGCGCCCACUGGCGGGCCGAGCGAGCCGAAAAAAAAAACGAGACGCGGCGACUACGACGACGCACACAGGCGCAAAACCGUAUCCAAUUAGAGAUAAUGCCUGUGGAUAUUUUAAUAGCGCUGCCCCGCCGACCGGAGAAAUCCGACACAACCAACUCCCGU